AUGACCACCGUCGAGGGAACCACAAGCGGGUGGAAGCCGGCGGUGAUGAUGGUUACCGGACAGGUUAUAUUUUCAGGGAUGAAUAUCUUGUUGAAACUGGCAGCCAAUGAUGGCAUGGAUAACAGGGUUAUGGUGGCUUAUCGUUUUCUUUUCGGUGCUGCUUUCAUGGUUCCUAUUGCACUCUUUUUCGAAAGGAAUACAAGGCCAAAACUAACCUGGAAAGUGUUCUUGUACGCGUGUCUUGCCGGUUUAUUUGGCGGAUCGCUAGGCCAGAAUCUCUAUCUGCAAAGCCUGGUACUGACAUCUGCAACAUUCAUCUCAGCCAUGCUGAAUCUUGUUCCUGCUGUCACCUUUGUCGUGGCCGUUUGCCUGAGAAUGGAAAAGUUAGGCUGGAACACAGCUGCAGGUAAAGCAAAGAUAUUGGGAACAAUAAUGGGGAUUGGUGGAGCAAUGCUGUUCACUUUUUACGAAGGUCCAGAUAUCACCUUUUGGGAUACAAAACUAAACCUGUUGCAGAUAACCAGUCGUCAUCAUUCAACCCUAAAAUCAGGCGGAAGUGUCCGCCAUAACCUUGUGCUCGGCGUCAUCCUUGCGCUGUUGAGUUGUGUUUCUUACUCACUCUGGUUGAUUACUCAGGCUAAGGCAGCUCAGGUGUAUCCAGCUCCUUUAUCAUUUACAGCUCUCAUGGUUUUGAUGUCGGCGAUCAUGAGUUCUGUUUUCGCAAUUUGCAUGCAAAGAAAGCCAAGCCAAUGGAAACUAGGGCUGGAUAUCAGACUCCUUACAGUUGCUUACGCCGGGAUCCUAAGCACAGCAGGGUUUUUUACUGUAAUAUCGCUCGUCGUGCGAAUGAGAGGUCCACUGUUUGUUUCAGUUUUCAAUCCUUGCACGCUUGUGGUUGUGGGGUUGGUCAGUUCUAUGGUAUUGGAGGAGCACAUAUACUCGGGAAAUUUGCUGGGAAGUAUACUCAUAGUUUGCAGUUUGUAUGUUGUGUUAUGGGGUAAAAAAAGAGAGGAUGAGAAUGCCAAAUUGGUGCCUGUGGAGAAUGUAGAUCCUACAGAUCUGGAAAAGCAGGAGCAAGAAGAUGGCCCUAAGAAUAACGCAGAUUCAUAG